GUUCACAAUUAACCAGUACCGACCAAAAACGUAAAGAUGGCGAUGCAAGCAGCCCGCCGACAAAAUGUUCGUCUCCCUCCGGAGGUGAACAGAAUUCUGUACGUGAGGAACCUGCCCUACAAGAUUACAGCUGAAGAGAUGUACGACAUCUUUGGAAAGUAUGGAGCCAUCAGACAGAUAAGAGUAGGUGUCAAUCCAGACACAAAGGGGACAGCCUAUGUGAUUUAUGAAGACAUCUUUGAUGCCAAGAAUGCCUGCGACCAUCUCUCUGGUUUCAACGUCUGUGGCAGGUACCUGGUUGUUCUUUACUACCAGUCAAAUAGGGCCUUCAAGAAGAUGGAUGAGGCGAAGAAGCAGGCAGAGCUCGACAAGAUGAAGGCGAAAUAUGGACUGAGUACACCCGAGAUCAAAUAACACUCACCAACUCAUGGACUAUGAACUCAAUGAAUUAAACAUCACUUAAAGGUCUAUGGACCAAGUACAGUGUACUACCAAGGUUGGAUAGCAUCCACCAACUUGUGUCACAGACUAGUGGUGUUCAAAAGUAAAAGACACCUUGUCAGAUCGAGCCCAGACACAACUAGCGCCCAUCAGAGUCGUCAUGAAUCUGGAAGAGUCCAAUAGUGCAAGGCAUUUGGAUUGCUGAAGAUAAAGCAUUAUGUUGUAUGAAGUGACUGAUUUUAAGAGCGAAGUUGACUGCCUUGGGCACCUGUUUAUGCUGAUGCAGGCAGGGAUUGCGUACUGACCGUACAUUAUGGUCCAGAUUGGUCCAGAUUUGUGCCUUUUGGAAGUGGUAGACAUGUUCUGGAUAAAUAACGAAAAGAAAUAUACCAGACAUUGAACACUAAGCAAAUUAAA